AAUAACGUAAUACUUCGCGAGAGGGAGAGCCUACUAACAUUGCAUGGGCACGUAUUGAAGCUGUGACGACGCCGUGAAAUAAUUGCAGCGACAAUUGUCGGCACUGCGAAAGCUAAGGAAGGAGAGAAUUAGAAAAAAUAUUUAUAAGCAGAUAACUUGCGAGCGUUAGAUUAAAGAUAAGAUUCACGAUCAGUUCAAAUAUCUUGUUUUUUUUAUAUUUAUUCGAAGAAACGAUUGGUCGGCGUGUUAUUUUCAAGAUUGCUCCUUUGAGCAAAUUUCACGCAGGGCGCAAAGAUUUAAAAGAGCAUCGUUUCGUCUUUAAACAAUUUGUUCCGUAAUAUGGGUAAAAAGGAUAAGAAUAAAAAGAAAGUUAGCGGCAGCGUUAAGACGGCGCUAAAAACUGAAAAGAAAUUGAGUGCUAAACAAAAAAAGGAAUUAGCUGCACUCGGUGAGGAUGAUAUAGAACACGUGAUUGCCGAAAUCGAAAAGGAAGAAGCCCGAAGACAACGUGUUAUUGAAAAGCUAGUUGCACCACCGUCUCGACGUGUAAACUUUACUUUGACCGCGCAUCCUUUUAAAGAUGAGCUUAUUAUGCUCGGUGGAGAGUUUCAUGACGGACGCGCGACGGUCGUUUAUGGAGACAUGUUUACAUAUAACUUGAAUAAAAAUGAAUGGACCAUUGUAAAAGCGCCAGGUGCACCACCUCCUCGCUGUGGUCAUCAAGCAGUAGCAACAGCAACAAACAAAGGAGAGUUAUGGGUCUUUGGUGGUGAAUUUUCUAGUCCUUCAGAAUCACAAUUUUAUCAUUACAAAGAUUUAUGGGUCUAUCGAAUUGGAGACAAAAAAUGGGAAAAAAUUUUAUCAUCUGGUGGUCCAUCGGCUAGAAGCGGUCACAGAAUGGCACAUAUAAAAAAACAGUUGAUAGUUUUUGGUGGAUUUCUUGAUAACUUAAGAGAUUAUAAAUAUUAUAACGAUGUGCAUAUAUUUAACCUUGAUACAUACGUUUGGCAUAAAGUUGAACUAUCUGGUGUUCCGCCGCUUCCUCGAUCUGGUUGUAUACUAUUGCCAACACCUGAAAAUAAACUUCUUGUGUAUGGUGGUUACAGCAAAGAAAGAGUAAAGAAGGAUAUUGAUAAGGGUCUCGUUCAUAGCGACAUGUUCCUAAUGACGUCCGAAAAAAAUGAUGAAACUGGUUUAAGAUGGAAAUGGAUAUCCGUAAAGCAAUCAGGAAAUAAAUUGUCGCCGCGAUGUAGCACAUCGGCGGUUUUAGUUCAAUCAAAUGUAGCAUAUUUGUUUGGCGGCGUUUUUGACAACGAGGAUAACGAAGAAGAACUUAAUGGAACAUUUUAUAACGAUUUGAUGGCUUUAGAUUUAGAAAAAUUUCAAUGGCACAGUGUGACGUUAUCUGGGGAAAAAGAUGUAACUGCACGACGUCGAAGAAGAAAACUAAAAGAAGAUGGUAGCCAAGAAAACGACAGUGAGGAUGAAGAUGAGGAUGUUAAUGAAGCGCAAAAAUCAUCUGCUCCUAUUGAAUCCACAAUCGUCGACGAUGACGGAAUAUUCACAGUUACAAUAGGUUCGACAUCAGCAAUUACUACACAUAAGAAAGAAAACACGCACGAGGAUGUAUUUGUUCCAUGUCCCAGAAUAAAUCCUGGACUUGCUGUGAAACACAAUGUUUUGUAUCUGUAUGGUGGUAUGUUUGAAAAUGGUGACCGACAAUAUACACUCAAUGAUUUAUAUAGUUUGGAUUGUCGCAAAUUAGAUGAAUGGAGAACGAUAAUAGAAGAUGAUUUAUCUUCACAAACUUGGUUCGAAUCGAGUAGUUCAAGUUCGGAGAAUGAGAGCGCUGAUAGCUGCGACGAAGAUAAAAGUGACUCGGAGGUUGAACAUACGGAUACAGAUAAAAAUUAAUUUCUGUAUUGCAUUAUAAAGUGUGAGUAUGCUCCGAAUUUUUUCAGUUUUAGUUUUAAAAAAAUAAUCAAUAUGCCAACCUGAAAUAUUUUCGAGCACAACUGUGGUUUAUUUCAUUUACAUUUCAUCUUGAAGUUUCAAAUUGCUUUCGUCGUUUGAAACCCUCUUAAUUGAACGUUCUUUGAUCGUGUUCAAAACUGCAGAAUCCUAUAAAGUAAGUGUACAUGUAUAGCACACAGAAAUGAUCACAAAACUAAAUUAAUACAUGAUAUACAU